AUGUGGAGAGGCUCAUCAUCGAAUGCAGCGCGGGCACUAGCUGCAGGUGCUGCCUCGACCAGCCGCUCGAUCCUCCAACCAGGGGCCGCUAUGUCUCAACUUCGCUGCCUUCGAACUCCCUCAACAGCAUCAAAACUCAAGUCGAACCGAUUCAGAGUAUUGCAAAACAAGUUCGGGAUAUCGCCGGAAGGCUUGAACGAUUAUACAACGGGAGCACAGCCAGGAUCAGAACCGUCGAUCGCUAGAGUCCGCGAGCAGCCUUAUCUGACAAGCCCAUCUUCGUACUCCGAGCGAGCACACGAAGCCAGACAUUCGCACACAUCAUUCAAAGGGAAGGAGAAGGCUUCAGACUCUUCAGGAUUGAAGGGUCAUGGUGGUGGAGGUGUUCAAGUCAAGUUGAACGGCGAGCUCUCCAGAUUGCCUCGCGUAUCGGAUGAUGACACGUCCCAACGCGCUCCAACGUCCAGAAGAUUUCAGGAUAGGGAGGCGUAUAAUGCGAGUCAUCCACCAUGUACAGAUCCUCGAGGUAGCAAUUCUCUGCGAAAAGGGAAAAGAGGAGGAGCGAAGUCGGAAUCGAACGCAAAGGAAGAAGUCUCCUCGGAAGAUCCACUCGCCUCAGCACAGGAUCAAUUGCGAGCGUUUUUCGCAAAAAGAGUUGGGAACCGGCCGAUAUUAGAACCAGCUUCACCAUCAAACAGUACCAACAACGACCUACCCGUUACAUCUGAACCGGUUCUCGACUUGAUCGCCUAUGCCGACUCGAAAGCGAAUGAGGAGAAAGUAACGCCGACAUUCAGCCCCGAAUCAUACACUUUGCCAUCCGACAGCGCAUCUGCAGAAGAGCGCAAGUCUCCACGACCUACCCUCGCCGACCUGAGGAAAGCGGACUGGGACGAGUAUGCGGGACUGUAUCAAUCCCAGACAGCGUGGAACCCGAACAAGGAGUAUGCUCUCAUGCACGACGGACCCGAACGAGAUUCAUUUCUCAGAAAGGCACUUCAGUCGAGCAAAAGAAAUUACAUCGCCGUCAUCAUUGACGGUGACAACUUGCUCUUUGAUCCUCGUCACAUGAAUCAAGGCUACGAAGGAGGCGCGUUCGUCUUUAAUGAACUUCGCGAGCGCAUCGCUAGGAAGCACAAAUUGAUCCCACAUAUGCUGGAUCUACGCAUCCGCGUCUUCGCCUCACUUCAUGCACUAGCUACCAUUCUGGUGACUUGGCGCGUCACCCGCAGGGAACUUUUCUUCGACUUCAUGCAAGGGCUGAUGGACUGCAGCAUGCACAACUAUGUUGUCAAUGUGGGCAGGGCAAAUCAGGCAGCAGACAUGCGUGUCAAAGCGGCAUUAGCAGACGUUUUGCGCGACCCAGCCUGUUUCCGUGCUUAUCUUGGAGGUCUGGACGACUUCGGAUAUAUGGAAGACCUCAAUGCGAUCCAGGAAUUGGGUCUAUUGGAGAGCAGGGUCAACUUGAUCCAGGUGCCAGGGUUUGCGGUAGCCUCCAACAAGUAUCGCGAGUAUGCGCAUCGGGCGCUUAAUCUCGAUUAUCUUUUCAAGGUCCAGGAGAAGGUCUCCGAGGACAGCAAGAAAUACCAUGCAGAGGCGCUUGAUGCAGCCGACAGUUUCACCCAUACCGUUGGAUCAAGGCCAUGCCUAUUUCACCAUUUCACCGAUACAGGCUGUGCUUACGGUGCUGCGUGCCACUACUCACAUGAACCUCUUACAGCGGCGCACAAGAAGGGACUUCGCAAAAGAAUGAAGCAGCGAAAGUGCCCUAUGGUUUCAAGAGGCGAGCAGUGUCCGUUUGGCGACGAUUGUCUUUUCGGGUAA